UUUUAACGAGCUCCUUCUCUCUUCUUCCCCUUUUCGUUGCUCUGAGAGCGCUGCGGGGGUUCCACUGCCUCCUGUACCGUUUGGAACCCGCGGUUGCCAUACUAACCCCAGCGGGGGUAGGGGGUGUCUGAUGCCAUCGUCUUGGCGACGGAAGGGGUGCUUCUCCCUUCCCGGGCCACUUGGUCCCUCAAGGCGCUGGUGGCCGUGAUUCCUGGAGAGAAGAGGGAAUGCUGGUUGAAUCCGACGAGCGGGGGCUUGGAUGGCAGCCUGGUUUAAGCAAGGGGUAGGGAGAGGCAAAAGACAGGAGUAGGAGCCACCAUGUUGGUGAUACCCCCCGGACUGAGCGAGGAGGAGGAGGCUCUGCAGAAGAAAUUCAACAAACUCAAGAAAAAGAAAAAGGCAUUGUUGGCUCUGAAGAAGCAAAGUAGUAGCAGCACAGCCAGCCAAGGCGGUGUGAAACGCUCACUGUCAGAGCAGCCUGUGGUGGACACAGCCACGGCAACAGAGCAGGCAAAGCAGCUGGUGAAGUCAGGAGCCAUCAGUGCCAUCAAGGCCGAGACCAAGAACUCGGGCUUCAAACGUUCUCGAACCCUAGAGGGGAAGUUAAAGGACCCUGAGAAGGGGCCAGUCCCCACUUUCCAGCCGUUCCAGAGAAGCAUAUCUGCUGACGACGAUCUGCAGGAGUCAUCCAGACGGCCCCAGAGGAAAUCUCUGUAUGAGAGUUUUGUGUCUUCCAGUGAUCGGCUUCGGGAACUAGGGCCAGAUGGGGAAGAGGCAGAGGGCCCAGGGGCUGGUGACGGUCCUCCUCGAAGUUUUGACUGGGGCUAUGAAGAACGUGGUGGUGCCCGCUCCUCAGCCUCCCCUCCCCGAAGCCGCAGCCGGGACCACAGUCGUGAGCGGAACCGAGACAGAGACCGAGACCGAGAUCGGGAACGGGAUCGAGACCGAGACAGAGACCGAGAUCGGGAACGGGAUCGAGACCGAGAUCGGGAACGGGACCGCGAUCGGGACAGGGACCGCGAUCGGGACAGGGACCGCGAUCGAGAACGAGAGGGCCCUUUCCGCAGGUCGGACUCGUUCCCUGAACGCAGGGCCCCUCGGAAGGGGAAUACUCUCUAUGUGUAUGGAGAGGACAUGACACCCACCCUCCUCCGUGGGGCCUUCUCUCCCUUUGGAAACAUCAUUGACCUCUCCAUGGACCCACCCAGAAACUGUGCCUUCGUCACCUAUGAAAAGAUGGAAUCAGCAGAUCAGGCCGUUGCUGAGCUCAAUGGGACCCAGGUGGAGUCCGUACAGCUCAAAGUCAGCAUUGCCCGCAAACAGCCCAUGCUGGACGCUGCCACUGGCAAGUCUGUCUGGGGCUCCCUUGCUGUCCAGAACAGCCCUAAGGGUUGCCACCGGGACAAGAGGACCCAGAUUGUCUACAGUGAUGAUGUCUACAAGGAGAACCUUGUGGAUGGCUUCUAGGGAAUGGAGCUGGAUUCCGUGUGCCUCAUCUGCGCCAACACUGGUCUCAGUAAAACACUGAGGUGGAAGCUCACACAUCUCCCUCAGCCUCUGGUUUUUCAGCACUUGGGAUUGGGGUUGAGCCUUUAAAAACGGCUGUUAGAUUUUAUCUCAGUUGUAACACAUGGCCAGUGCACGUUCCCCUCCCCCUUACCCCAAAAGGAUCUUGAACACA